GAGGAGAGGAGCCGAACGAGACGACGAGACUCCACUAAAGACUGUUCACCAACAUGAUCUUCAUCUUCUUCAUUGUUUUUCUUCCAGGGGUCAAACUUCAGAACCAACAGGACCACCGGGUCCUCCUAGACCAGUGUCAUGGCGGCUCCUGUUACCCCCAGCUGGGUGACUUGAUGGUGGGUCGUGCAGCGCAGCUCUCUGCCUCGUCAACAUGUGGUCUAAACGGACCUCAGAAAUACUGCAUCGUUGGAUACCUGGAGGAAGAACAGAAAUGCUUCUUCUGUGACUCUCGGCGACCCUACAACCACUACAACAACCCAAACAGCCACGGCGUUGAGAACAUCAUCACAACUUUUGACUCGAAGAGAAAAAUGAAGUGGUGGCAGUCUGAGAAUGGAGUUCAUCAGGUCAGCAUCCAGUUAGAUCUGGAAACAGUGUUUCAGUUCAGUCACCUGGUCCUCACCUUUAAGAGUUUCCGGCCUGCAGCCAUGUUGGUGGAGCGGUCAAAGGAUUUUGGCCGUAGCUGGAAAGUGUUUCGGUACUUUGCAGAAGAUUGUGCGCUACAUUUCCCUUCAGUCUCUGAUGAGACCGCCUCCAACAUCAAUGAUGUGGUCUGUGACAGCCGAUACUCUGGACCAGAACCAUCCACUGGUGGAGAG